GCUGCCCUAUGCCUGCCGCUGAUUGGCUCUGGCCGAGAGCGCUCAUGUCCCGGAACACUUGGAUGGCGCUAAGCCGCACCGGUGGCCACGUUGGGAUCGAUUUACUGGUGUAAAUCUCACUGCUACCCACACCCGCUCCAUCCCCUCCAGAGGAUUUGUCUGGCACCGUAGCGGGAUCGUUGCAUCAUUGGAAGCAAAGGAAAAAACAAAAACAAUUUUGCAUUGCUCUUCUUCUGAUAUGCCCCCCUGACGUCAUAGCCUUGCGGAAGACAAGGUUGGGGACUCUAAGGACUUUAUGGAGCCCAGAGGGACCAAGAGAAGAGCAGAAAAGUUAGAGGUAGCUGAACCUCGGAACAAACUUGCCUAUUCCGCAUCCUCACUACCCACAGAGCCUGCACUCUACUCUGGACCCUUUCCUUUCUACCGGCGCCCUUCUGAAUUAGGCUGCUUCUCUCUGGAUGCACAACGCCAAUACCAUGGAGAUGCCCGAGCCCUCCGCUACUACAGCCCACCCCCCACCAAUGGUCCAGGCCCUGAAUUUGACCUGAGAGAUGGAUACCCUGAUCGAUACCUGCCCAGGGAUGAGGAGGUCCGAGAGGGGCUGGACCACUUGCUACGCUGGCUCCUGGAACACCGAGGCCAGCUGGAGGGAGGUCCAGGCUGGCUGGCAGGGGCCAUAGUGACAUGGCGGGGACACUUGACAAAGUUGCUGACAACACCAUAUGAGCGGCAAGAAGGCUGGCAGUUGGCAGCCUCCAGGUUCCAGGGGACACUGUACCUGAGUGAAGUGGAGACCCCAGCUGCUCGAGCUCAGAGGCUUGCUCGGCCACCCCUUCUCCGGGAGCUUAUGUACAUGGGGUACAAGUUUGAGCAGUAUAUGUGUGCAGACAAACCCGGAGGCUCCCCAGACCCCUCUGGGGAAGUUAACACCAACGUCGCCUUCUGCUCUGUGCUACGCAGCCGCCUGGGAAACCACCCUCUGCUCUUUUCCGGGGAGGUAGACUGCACAGACCCCCAGGCCCCAUCUACACAGCCUCCCACCUGUUAUGUGGAGCUCAAGACCUCCAAGGAGAUGUACAGCCCUGGACAGUGGAGGAGCUUCUACAGACACAAGCUUCUGAAAUGGUGGGCUCAGUCAUUCCUCCCAGGAGUCCCAAAAGUUGUUGCUGGCUUCCGUAACCCAGAGGGUUUCGUCUGUUCUCUCAAGACCUUUCCUACCAUGGAGAUGUUUGAACACGUCAGGAAUGACCGUGAUGGCUGGAAUCCCUCUGUGUGCAUGAACUUCUGUGCUGCCUUCCUUAGCUUUGCCCAGAGCACAGUUGUCCAGGAUGACUCCAGGCUUGUCCACCUCUUCUCCUGGGAGCCUGGUGGCCCAGUCACAGUGUCUGUACAUCGAGAUGCACCCUAUGCCUUCCUGCCUAUGUGGUACGUGGAAGCUAUGACACAGGACCUCCCAUCAGUUCCCAAGACACCCUCCCCAACAGAGUGAGGCUUCAAGGGGCCAAUUCGUCUGAAGAGAUAAUAAAGGUUUUCUAAGUGGCUCUC